CCGGAAGAAAUGGUCCCGUGCGCGUUCACUCCUGUUUGCUGUCUUUCUUCUCCCGUUCACCUUGCGUGAGCGUCUGAGCGACAACUAGGGCGACCGCCGCCGCCCUUCGCCUAGCAUCUCAGGUCUUCGUCCCGCGCUUUGCCGGCGACGAGCACGCAUCCACCGCACAAGAUCACUGUAACCCAGGCUGAAUUGUGGCUGGUAUUGGCGAUAUAAGCGUUAGUUAGCUGUUUAUAUUGUGUCUUGUGUCUUUGAUUAAGCGUCAUUGAAAAGACUGUCAUGAGAAAACUCUUUUGUUCAAAUAUUUCUCUCCUGUAAUAAUAUGAAUGUACUGUGACAAUCCUUCAUCCUAUGCUAGAAUCACAUAUUUUAGCUUCUAAGCUCAAGUUUCCUAUUCAACCGAAUACCUAAUGUAUUAAUUCGGUGCUUGUGACAAGCGUUCAUGCAAAUUUGUGGAUAUUAAUUCAGAACCUGGUGGCAUAUUAAUCUUGGAUACUUGGUCAACUGCAAACUCGAAGCUUCAUUUUCAUGUCAUCAAUGGAGAGCCUAGCGCAAUUAGAGGUGUUGUGUGAAAAGCUUUAUAAUUCUAGAGACUCGGCUGAGAGAGCGCAUGCGGAAAGCACCCUCAAGUGCUUCUCAGAGAACAGCGAGUACAUUUCGCAGUGCCAAUACAUAUUGGACAAUGCCUCAACUCCAUAUGCCCUGAUGCUGGCGAGUUCAAGCUUGCUCAAGCAAGUUUCCGACCGCAGUCUUUCUUUGAAUCUCCGUCUCGAUAUACGGAAUUAUGUCAUAAACUAUCUUGCCACAAGGGGGCCUAAAUUGCAGAACUUUGUCAUUGUGUCCCUAAUUCAGCUGGUUUGUCGAAUUACAAAAUUUGGAUGGUUUGAUGAUGACAGAUUCAGAGAGACUGUCAAGGAAGCGACUGAUUUCUUAGGUCUUGCAUCUCAGGAUCAUUAUUUCAUAGGCUUGAAGAUACUAAACAAUCUCGUUGCAGAAAUGAAUCAGCCAAACCCUGCGAUGCCUUUGACGCUUCAUAGGAAAAUUGCGAGUUCAUUCAAGGACCAAUUUCUUCUGCAGAUCUUCCAAAUUUCAUUAACCUCACUUAAUCAACUAAAGAGUGAAGCUCCGGAUGAAUUUGGACAUAUUCCUCUUGACCUUGCAUUAAAGUGCUUAUCAUUUGACUUUGUUGGUUCUCCGGUGGAUGAAAGCUCUGAAGAAUUUGGAACAGUGCAGCUUCCUGCAUCUUGGAGGCCUCUUCUUCAAGAUCCUUCCACACUCCAAAUCUUCUUUGAUUACUACAAAGUCAAUGACAUACGAGUUUCAAAAGAGGCUUUGGAGUGUCUGGUGCGACUUGCUUCUGUCAGGCGCAGUAUUUUUGUGGAGGAUCCUGCAAGGUCCCAGUUUCUUUCUCAUCUGAUGCUAGGCACCAAGGAGAUACUUCUAACUGGCCAAGGACUUGCUGAUCAUGAUAAUUACCAUGAGUUCUGCCGUCUUUUGGGACGUUUCAAAGUGAAUUACCAGCUGGCAGAGCUUCUGAAUGUUGAGUUUUAUGGUGAGUGGAUUGGUCUAGUAGCUGAAUUUACAACUAGAUCCUUGUUGUCAUGGCAGUGGGCCAGCAACAGUGUCUACUAUCUUCUAAGUCUUUGGUCAAGGCUGGUGACAUCUGUGCCUUACUUGAAAGGCGAAACACCAAGUCUUCUUGAUAAAACUGUUCCCAAGAUCACAGAGGGUUUUAUCACUUCUAGAAUUAAUUCUGUUCAGGCCAUCCUUGCUGACAACUCACUGGAAAAUCCUUUGGAUAGUGUGGAAGUUCUCCAGGACCAGCUGGAGUUUCUUCCCUUCCUUUGCAGAUUCCAGUACCAAAGUAGUAGUCUGUACAUCAUAAACAUCAUGGAACCUCUUCUGCAAGCUUAUACGGAAAGGUCCAGAUUACCAGCUCCUGGUGAUGCUGAUGAGCUGUCUGUCAUUGAAGGCCAAAUCGCAUGGAUGGUUCACAUAAUUGCGGCCAUUGUCAAAGUUAGGCAGGUAACAGGUGCUAGCCAAGAUACACAAGAGUUAAUUGAUGCAGAACUCUCUGCCCGUGUAUUGCAGUUGAUAAGUAUGACUGAUACAGGAGCGCAUGCUCAGAGAUAUCAAGAAUUAAGCAAGCAAAGGCUUGACCGAGCUAUUCUCGUCUUUGUACAAGGUUUCAGAAGGUCAUAUGUAGGAGACCAAGCGAUGCAUUCUUCAAAGCAGUUAUAUGGAAGAUUGUCUGAGCUUCUAGGACUUAGUGACCAUUUAAUUCUUCUCAAUGUGAUUGUUGGGAAAAUUGCUACAAAUCUGAAGUGCUAUGCUGAGAGUGAGGAUGUUAUUGAUCAUACUCUGUCCCUGUUCCUUGAUCUGGCAACUGGCUAUAUGACUGGAAAGCUGCUGCUUAAGCUGGAGAGUGUGAAGUUCAUCAUUGCAAAUCAUUCUCCGGAGAAUUUCCCAUUUCUAGCAGAAUACAAAUGUUCACGUAGUAGAACUACGUUCUAUUACAUCCUUGGCUCCUUAGUCUUCAUGGAAGAUAGCCCUGUGAAAUUCAGGACUUUCAUGGAACCACUUCAGCAGGUUGCAUUUAACCUGGAGGCAACUCCUGAUGCUGCUUUUCGAACUGAUGUUGCUAAGCAUGCAUUUAUUGGUUUGAUGAGAGAUCUACGUGGCAUAGCGAUUGCCACCAACAGCCGCAAGACAUAUGGCCUCCUAUUUGACUGGUUGUAUCCAUCUCGCAUGCCCCUUCUGUUGAGAGCCAUCUCACUCUGCACGGAUGAACCAGCGGUCACUACACCCUUGCUCAAGUUCAUGUAUGAAUUUGUUUUGAACAAAGCUCAAAGACUGACGUUUGAUUCAUCAUCACCAAAUGGGAUCCUGUUGUUCCGAGAGGUUAGCAAAAUAAUCGUGGCUUACGGGUCGCGAAUUCUAUUGCUUCCUAAUGGCACAGACAUUUAUGGAAGUAAAUACAAAGGCAUAUGGAUCUCUCUGACUGUUCUUUCAAGGGCUUUGUGUGGGAACUAUGUCAAUUUUGGUGUAUUUGAGCUGUAUGGUGACAGAGCGCUUGCUGAUGCCCUUGAUAUAUCUCUGAAGAUGACCCUCUCAGUUCCAUUGUCUGAUAUAUUGGCAUUCAGAAAGCUGUCGAAGGCGUACUUUGGGUAUAUGGAAGUUCUGUUCAACAACCAUAUCAAGUUUGUUCUCAAUUUGGACACACACACAUUCAUACAUAUUGUCAGUUCACUCGAAUCUGGCUUGAAAGGUCUAGAUACAGGGAUAUCAACACAGUGCGCUUCUGCCAUCGACAGCCUGGCGGCCUUUUACUUUAACAACAUUACAUCUGGUGACUCACCUCCGUCACCAGCUUCAGUAAAUCUGGCACGGCAUAUUGGAGAGUGCCCCAAUUUGUUUCCUCAGAUACUGAAGACACUUUUUGAGAUCAUGCUCUUUGAGGAUGCUGGUAAUCAAUGGAGUCUGAGUCGACCAAUAUUGAGCCUGAUAAUGACCAGUGAACAGAUGUUCACUGAACUCAGAGCACACAUAUUAGCAUCACAGACUGUGGACCAGCAACAACGCCUUUCACAGUGCUUCGAUAAGCUGAUGACGGAUGUCAACAGGAACUUGGAACCUAAGAAUCGCGACAGAUUCACUCAAAACCUGACAGCAUUUAGACGUGAUUUCCGACUGAAGUAAUAGCUCCUUGGAACUAGCUAUCAGUUUGAAGGAGAUCCUGCAUGAUGUAAAUACUCCAGUUACCUUCUUUUUAGGAACUACCAUUCUGCGGGUUGAGAAUGGUUUGCCUUGGAUUGGCUGAAGAUGAUGGAUGGGUCUUGUUGAUGCAUGUGGUGGUAAAAGCAGCUGUAAAUUGCAUAGCAUGUCAUUUUAAUCAGAAUGGUGAAUGGUGGAGAUUGUUUCUUUUGUUUUUUCUUUUAUUUAUAUUGCAUCCCUUUUGCGUGUACAGCGAAAUUGAUGCUAGAACAGGGAAAGCUGUUUGCCCAAGUUGUUUGGUGGGAAGCAGUCAUCCCUUAGAUCUAAUUCAUUUGUUAACAAGUCAACGAGGUAAAGGAUGUAAAUGAUUCCGUUGGCUUUGCUGAAUAUGAAAGUUGAAACAGUAAAAAGGGUGGCCCAAUUGCAAUCGA